GCGCCAUGUUAGUAGAGGCAGAGAGGUGCGCCACCUUUUUUGAUGCCUUUUUGGUACGACUUUUAUAAACUCGGGCUAUUCUGGUGCCCCCCGCAGAGUUGCCCUCAUGUUUUAUGAUUAAUGAUCAGUGCCGACUGGAGGAGUUUAAACGCGUAUGCGGACACGUAGGGUAUUGCCUAGGUCACCGUGUCUGCUGCAAUUAUGACAGGUAUACUGGCAUACAUCUGGCAUACAUCGAGGUGAAAUGAGCCAAUGAAGUGUGUUGGCACAUUGCGUUUGGGUGGUCAGGAAUAUACUUCGGGUCCGAAUAGGAUUAAGGGUCGGCACUUUGUAUGACACUUCAACCUCCGCGACGACGGUAGACUUUGAGUUAAUGACCGAGUGGCGCGAAAAAAAAGCAUUCUGAGACUUGGUGGUGACACCCGCUGUUCCGUCAUGUCAUGUACGAUUGCUCUCCUAUUUCCAUGUUAUAUUCUUAUAUUAUGUUCUUAAUGGAGUAGCAUCGUCGCCAAAAAGGACCUGGCCAAGAAGCACUUGAUGAAGAGGCAUAUUAUUCCUUUGAGAUUCCAUCACUGCUUAUACGCCCUGUCUGAACUUCACUAGGAUUAUAUCCAAGAGUUCAGGAGUUCAGGAGUUCAUGAGUCCAAGUCACAUACUCACAAGUCACAAGAUGGGUUCCCUUAAUGGUACCGACUGCAGGCCCGUAGGAUCUUACCCGCCGUCGGGUAUCGAUGUUUUAAUUGUUGGUACCGGGCUUGCGGGACUAACGGCGUCUAUCGAAUGCAAACGCAAGGGACACAACGUGCGCAUUAUUGAACGCCAUGAUGAUAUUAAUACCGCAGGCGAUAUGUACUUCAUGGGCCAUAGUGCUACCAAGUUCUUUCGUCACUGGCCCGAGCUAUCGAAAGAGUAUGAGCUGAUAUCUAUGAAUAAUGCCUGGAUUGAGACCUUCAAGCAUGUCGGCGAACGGAUGAUAACGCCACUAAAGGUUUCGGAGCGUUUGCGUCAGGAUGGUAUGGAUCCGAACACGCCACCCGGCGCUUUUCAGAUGCGGCCGCUCAUCUACCGGAUGUAUCUAAACGAAGUCCAGAGGCAAGGAAUUCAGAUCCAAUUCGGCCAGCGCGUUGUUGACUACUAUGAGGACCAAGAACGUCAGAAGGCCGGCGUCGUGACGGACAAGGGCGAGCGCUUCGAAGCCGACGUCGUAAUUGCUGCGGACGGCGUAGGUUCUAAAAGCCAAAAGCUAGUAGGUGGGCAAGUUAGAGCGAUGAGUGCCGGCAGAGCCAUGUGGCGAGCAGCUUUCCCAAUACACCACUUAGACAAGAACCCUAAGCUCAAGGAGUUCUUGAAGAUGGGUGGACCGAACAACGACGAGCCAAUAGUCAGAACAUGGCUUGGUCCCGGAAUGUACGCCAUGGUCCUGAUUCGUCAGGAGACCUGCGUGUGGAUUAUGAACCACGAUAUUACCGGCUCCGAGGAAGAAAGCUGGACUCAUACCGUCGAAUCAGACGAUGUGUUAAAUAACAUCGAUAAAGGGCUGGGCCCAUUAACUUGGGACCCUAGAAUUAAGGAGCUUGUUAAGCUGAUACCAUCUAAGACCAUCGUAAACUUUGAACUAUUCUGGCGCAAUCCCCAACCGACUUGGGCUUCCCCCGGAGCCCGCGUGGUUCUCAUUGGCGAUGCCGCACAUUCUUUCCUGCCUGCCUCGGGCAACGGGGCUACGCAAGCCAUCGAGGAUGCCGUUUCGUUGGCUUCCUGCCUUCAGAUUGGAGGAAAGCAGAACGUACCAGAAGCAGUAAGCACGCAUGUGCGUCUCCGCUUCAUCCGAUGCUCCUGCGCGCAGAAGAUGGGAUUCACCAAUGCAGAGCUUCUCCAGCACACCGACUGGGAGAAAGUCAAGUUCAACCCAAAGCUGGCGCAGCCUAAGCUACCGAGAUGGAUCUGGAAGCAUGACCCUGAGAAGUACGCAUACGAGAACUACGAGAAGAUGGCCGAAACUAUUAGGAAGGGAAUCCCCUUUGAUAAAGUCGACACGGUCCCGCCAAACUAUCCUCCCGGAUAUAAAUACGAGCCCUGGAACAUCGACGACAUGCAGAAAGACGUGGAUAACUCUACGGUUAACAUGGGUUCGGGUGACUGGGACUAAAAGACAGGCAUCCGCGAGAUGUCUGGUCCUUUGUGCUAACUUGGUGAUAGAUGGACCUGGAGUCAACUUCUUUGUCCCCCGGUUGUUUUCUAUUCUAUGGUCUUUUACGUCUUGUAUGGUAUCAUAUUGCAUUGUCUCGAGUAUACGCGAGUAGGGUUAGAUGCGAAAGAUCUCCUGGCGAGCAGAGUAACAGAGUAGGUCAGGUGCCUUCGUUAUUAUUACAGAACCCACAUUCGUGAAAAGCCGUCUCGAUGGCGGACAAUUAAAGAGAAUUUAAGUAAAUGUCAUUAAUAACAUGAUAUAUGUCCAGCAAA